GAGAGAGAGAGAGAGGGACUGGGAGAUAAAAUAUAAAGGGAGGGAGAGAUGGGUCUAUAGUUAUUGCGAGGUUUCUCAGCAUUGGAAGUGGUGAGAGGAGAGCCGGAGUAGCUGGUGGUGGAUUGAGUUCCAUGAAUAAUUAUUCUGUUUAGUGGGGGGGAAGGUUGCUUGCAAGUGGGAGUUGGUGUGCCUCUGGACAAAGCCAAGGGAAGGGUCAUAUGAGCACACAAGAAGAAGACAACCACGCCGAUGUCCGCAGAUACGGAGAGCUCUAGAAGGAGGAUUCCAGCUUCAAAAUUCCCCCGGGAUGGCUUCUAGCUGCUGCAAGCGUCCGCCAAUCAUUGCCACCUUUGUUGUGUUUCUACUCCUGGCAGCCACCAGUCCUGUCCUCUCGGCGUCGGCGGCAAACAGCACGCUUCGGCCCGGCGAGGAACUGCUGAAGUAUAGGAGGAUCAGAGCCCGUAUAAGAAGGCUCAACAAGCCUUCGCUCAAGACAAUAAAGAGUCCUGAUGGCGAUUUCAUAGACUGUGUUCCAUCUCACCUCCAACCAGCUUUUGAUCAUCCAAAAUUGAAAGGGCAGAAGCCAUUGGAUCCACCUGAGAGACCCAAAGGCUACAUUCAGACAGCUGCGGCUGCAGUGGAUGACACCUUCCAGGCGUGGACGCUUACUCGUGAAUCCUGCCCGGAAGGAACCGUACCGAUAAGGAGGACAACGGAGGAAGAUAUACUGAGAGCUACCUCCAUUCGGAGAUUUGGAAGGAAGCCAGCGGGGAGAGUGCGGCGCGAUUCCAGGAGCAGCGGCCAUGAGCAUGCGGUUGGGUAUGCUACGGGAGAACAGUAUUAUGGUGCAAAAGCUAGUUUGAAUGUGUGGGCACCGAGGGUAACAAGUCCAUCCGAGUUCAGCUUGUCGCAAAUCUGGGUCAUCUCUGGAUCGUUUGGCAAUGAUCUCAACACCAUUGAAGCUGGAUGGCAGAUCAGCCCAGAGCUGUACGGGGAUAAUAAUCCCAGGUUCUUCACUUAUUGGACGACGGAUGCAUACCGAGAGACUGGAUGCUACAACCUCUUGUGCUCCGGCUUUGUUCAAACAAAUAAUAAGAUUGCUAUUGGAGCAGCUAUCUCACCAAAAUCAAGUUAUAAUGGUGGGCAGUUCGAUAUCAGCCUGCUAGUGUGGAAGGAUCCAAAGCAUGGACAUUGGUGGCUGGAGUUUGGACCGCGGAUGCUGGUUGGCUACUGGCCUUCAUUCUUGUUUAGCCACUUAGCAGGGCAUGCGAGCAUGGUGCAAUUUGGUGGAGAGAUUGUUAAUACUCGGCCAUCAGGAAUCCACACAUCAACGCAAAUGGGCAGUGGGCAUUUUGCCGGAGAAGGUUUCCGUAGGGCUGCCUACUUCCGGAAUUUGCAAGUUGUUGAUUGGGACAAUAGUUUGAUUCCUGUGCCCAACCUGCGAGUCUUGGCGGACCAUCCAAAUUGCUAUGAUAUACGAGGAGGCAUUAACAGGGUUUGGGGAAAUUAUUUUUACUAUGGAGGUCCGGGAAGAAACCUAAGAUGCCCUUAGAACAUAUGAGAGAGUUCCUUCUUCUUCUUUUUUUCCUAAAUAUUUUUUGAGGUGGGUUGUGAAGGUUAUUUUUCAGUCAUUCUUGGCUUUACAAAGAAUCUCUUCUUUCUUGUUCAUCAUAUUAUACAACUUUUGGAGGACCAUGUAUAUUCAGGGGAAAAAAAAAUACAGUGAGAAAUAUACUAUGUUUGUGUAUGUAUCUCCGUUUCUUUAUCCUUCCUUAUAUUAUUAAUAAAUAAAUAUUCUACCAUUUUUAU